UUAAUUUCUGACGUGGCAACAUAUCAUUUGCAGCUGCAUAACUAACUUUGGCUCCAAUCUUUUGAUAUAACCAACUGAGAGAAGAGAAGAAAAACAUCACUACUCUCUCAUUUUUUUUCUUUUCUUUCUUUACAAGAAAAUAAAAUGCAGAGUGGUCAGCGAUUGACUCUUUUUGAAAGGAAACAAGUCGAAAAAUGGUUAGCGACGGAACCCGAAUCUUUGAAUGUUAGAGCCAGUAAUGACCCAGAAUUUGGGAAACUCAGAGCAAAGAUUGAACUCUUGAUCGCUGAAAAUGACAAGGAUGCUCAAUUCGAUGCUACCAUUCGAUAUCUGGCUUUGAACUUCUUCGAUAGAUUUUCUUCGAUGGAUACAAUGCCGACAUUGGGGAAGAAAGAUUUUGCUUAUCAUGUUACGGUGCUUGUCAUGAGUUGCCUGCUUAUUGCUUUGAAGAUGAAGGGUGAUUCCUUCAGCAAGAUAAUGAAUCUGAAAAACUGGCCAAAAAUGAAGAUUGAUGAAAAAGAUAUUGACAAGAUGGAGAGUCUGAUUCUCAAAAGAACUGGUCCGCCAGAGGAUUGUGUAAAUGCGCUAUUCUACGUUCCGAGCUUCCUGUCUAUAGUAGAAGAAGGAGCAACGCAGUUCAAAUCAAAUGUGAUUCGCCUGAUAACUCAAUCACAUGGAGCUGUAAAAUUUGUACAAUUCCGGCCUUCAGUGAUAGCAGCAUCCGCGAUUCUUACGAACAUCGAAAACAUCUCCCUUGAAAAGCAUCAUGACUGCAUGAAAAGGUUUACAGUCACAGAUCUCCAACUGAAUAAGGAAGAACUCGAAAGCUGUCAGAAUACGAUGUUCAUCUCCCACUUCCUCCGAGAGACAAGUUGAAUCUGGAAUUGCAGCACAGUCA